AUGGCCAGGUUCCCCCAACAUUUACUGUUCAAGGUCAGGUCACAUGACUGUGGCCUCUCGCCAUCUGCUAGGAUCGUGGGAGGGAAUCCAUCGGACGAGGGCGCGUGGCCUUGGAUUACCAGCUUGCGCACUACAGGAGGCCGGCACUUCUGUGGAGGAACUCUGGUCUCCGUAAGACACGUCGUUACUGCCGCCCAUUGUGUUAACGCUUACAGGUGGUUCCUGAGCCUUCUACGUGUUGCUGUGAGCGGUGGGAGACAUGUGGUUGCGGUGUCUGCGGUGGCCAUACAUCCCGAGUAUCGACGUCGGAAUGUCCAUGACUACGACUUGGCUGUUCUGACUCUGAAGGAAGAUCUGAUGGUUAGUGCGUCGCUGUCUCCGGUUUGCCUCCCCGCGACCACUGCCUCUCCCGGUCCUGCCACGGUGAUAGGGUGGGGCCGCCUUCACGCAAGCGGCGGACUCGCCCCUCACCUACACGAGGCAACUGUCGCCAUUCUGUCCUCAGACUCCUGUCGCGCGUACGGCGACUUCUACACCGAUAGCAUGUUAUGUGGCGCAGGGGAAGGCCGGGACGCUUGUCAGGGCGAUUCCGGAGGGCCUCUCUUACAGGAGGUCGCGUCCAAGUGGUACCUCGUAGGCGUGGUUAGCUUUGGCAAAGGUUGCGGUUGUCCAGGCUAUCCCGGAGUGUACGCUGAUGUGUCAAAAUACACAGGCUGGAUUACUGCAAUUUUAACUGCUUGA